UUUUAUAUGAUCUGAUUUGACUUUUUCUUCAUCGGUUCAUCCUUCAUCGGUUCAUAUUCUUAUUAAAUAAUUUGUUAAUUUAAAAAAUUCAAAGAAAAAGAUAAUGGGGGAUUACAAUUUGAGUAAAGAACGAAUUAUAUUAAAUGUUGGUGGAGUUAAGUAUGAAACGUAUCGAUCUACUUUAACAGCAUAUCCAGAAACGUUACUCGGAACGAUGUUUCAAGAACGUAAUCAUGCAUUAUUACAUCCAACUAAUGAUAAUGAAUAUUUUAUUGAUCGUAAUGGGAAAGCAUUCCAUUAUAUAUUAGAAUUUUAUCGUACAGGAGAAAUUAUUUGGCCAAGUCAAGAAGAUACUGAUACCAAAACAACAAAUUUUUGUUGUUAUACAUUUGUAACUCGAAAAGAACUUUUGAAAGAAUUGGAUUAUUUUCAAAUUCCAAUGAAAGAGAUGUCACCUGAUAAACAUAAUAUGAGCGCUGAAGAAGAAUAUAAAUUAUUAGCAAUAAAAUUGGAUGGAUUUGUUAAAGCAUUAUUGGAAUCUAUAUGUUUAGCAAGACAAGAUUAUCAAAAUAUUUUACAUGUAAAAUUUUAUGAUAGAUUACCAACAAAAGAUGUACCAAAAUCAAUUCAUUCUCAACCUAAUAUUGAUAAAUUAUUAAAACCUUACGUUUCUAAUAUAAGAUGGAGUUUAGAUAAGAGAUUUAAAUAUGAACCUGAACCAAAUUAUUUUGAUUUAAAGAUUGUUGGUAAUGUUUUUGAUAAAAAUGAAAUCCUUAAAUAUUCUUCUCUUAACUUUAAUUUAUAAAAAAAAAUAAUAAAAUAAUCUUUUUUUU